GGUGACUGACCCACCAAAAAAGAGGAAGUGGGUGAAAAGAAAUGUCAAAUGUGGUUGAAUUGAAUGUUGUAAACAAAUAUUAAUAUUAAUAUUAUUUUUUUGGAGCAAAUAUUUGUGUUGUUUGAUUUGAAGUUUGGACACAAUACAACCAUAUUAACGAACGAACAGAUUGGGCGAGGGACAGAGAAGAAAGAAAGGGAAUUUGUUUCACUUAAUCCAUUAGAUUAAUCUGACGGGUGAGAAGAGGAGAGGAGACAGCGAAUGGCCAUGUUGUUGAUUUGAAUGCUGCUGCUGCUGCUGCGAUGAAAACAAUGAGAUGAGACUAGUAGAAGUGUAGCAGAAACAAAAGAAAAGAAGUAGUGUAGCGAUGGUGAUGAUGGGUCCUCCGAAGCAGACACCAAAUAUAUCAUCAUCAUCUCCUUCUUCUUCUUCUUCUUCUUCUUCUUCUUCUUCUUCUUCUCAAGAUAUUCUAAUUCGUGAAACGCUGCGUAUCAGUGCUGAAUUAGCCUCAUCAUCUACACCCCUUCUCCCUUCAGAUACUACCUUCAUCGGCAGCAGCAGAUUCAUCUGUUGCGAACAAAUCGAUGGCCGUAGAUGGAACUACGUUGCCGAUACUGAUGCCUCUGGCAAAUUCAACAAUAAUUCCUUUCGCUCUCUCAGUUUACAAACACCUAAACCUCCUCUUGAUGAAUUCAUCUCCUUCGUUAGAUCCUAUGUUGUUCCCGAAGGCUUCCCUGACAGUGUUACACCUUCCUAUGUCCCUUACAUGACUUGGAGGGCUCUCAAGCACUUUUUUGGUGGAGCAAUGGGUGUUUUCACUACUCAAACCCUUCUCACUUCUGUUGGUGUCUCUAGAAACAGAGCCACUCCUGCUGCUGCUGCUGUUGCUAUCAACUGGAUUCUCAAGGAUGGAGCUGGUCGUGUUGGAAAGAUGCUUUUUGCUCGUCAAGGCAAAAAAUUUGAUUAUGAUCUCAAACAGCUUCGUUUUGCCGGUGAUCUUCUAAUGGAGUUGGGUGCUGGUGUCGAACUCGCAACCUCUGCAGUUCCCCAUCUUUUUCUUCCAUUGGCUUGCGCCGCUAAUGUACUCAAGAAUGUUGCUGCUGUUACAUCAACAUCAACUAGAACACCAAUUUACAAAGCCUUUGCCAAAGGAGAAAACAUUGGGGAUGUCACUGCAAAAGGAGAAUGUGUUGGCAAUAUUGCAGACCUCUUAGGUACUGGUUUGAGCAUAAUGAUUGCCAAAAGGAAUCCGUCUCUUGUCACUACUUUUUCCCUCCUUUCAUGUGGAUAUAUCCUUAGCUCCUAUAAAGAGGUAAAAUCCGUGGUUUUGCACACACUUAACUCCGCAAGAUUCAGUGUGGCGGUAGAGUUAUUCCUCAAGACAGGAAAAGUUCCCACUUUGCGGGAGGGUAAUUUGAAUGAGGACAUAUUCAGUUUUCCAUGGAAAGAUAGGCCUGUUGUCCUUGGAUCAAGAAUCAAGGAUGCAUUCCAAGACCCUAGUGCAUAUGUUGCAAUAGAGCCCCUGUUUGAUAAGGAGAGGUAUAUCGUGACAUAUAAUCCUUCAAAAUCUAAGGUCCAUGCUGUGCUCAAAGAUCAGGCAAAGUCAGAUGACAUUCUAAAAGCAGCAUUUCAUGCUCAUGUGCUUUCGAGUUUUAUAAAGUCAUUGAAUGAAAGUAAGGUCUCAUCUUGGAAGCAAAGGGAGGAUCUUAAUUCAAAUAUGAUGCUCACAGUUGCUGAUCUUGAGGCUUGUAUUGCUGAUUCUUGCAAAGUUGUCACAAAUGCAUACUGGCUUUUCAAGACUAAAGCCCAUGAACAGGGUUGGACAAUGUCAGAAUCACUUCUAAAUCCUGGGCGAGCUAGGCUGUGUCAGGUCGAUAAUAGAUGAUAGUAACAUAUCCUCAGUUGGCUGCUGUUGGAUUUUGAGUGCCAAACUUCCUCUGGAUAAAAAAUGAAUCAGGCAAAUUCCUAAAGAGGAGUCGUUAUCCUCAAGUUGAUCAUGCUAUCUUUGAAGCUCACAAAAGCCAAAUGAACUUUCGUCUAGAUGCAUGCAUACAUAAUUGUAAACAGGAUUAGUUAUAUGAUUGAGUUAUUAGCAUGGCACAUUACCGCAUACAUACCAAUGUGCUUUAAGCCCCCUCCUCCCCCCAAAAAAGUUGUGUUGCUCUGUUGUUUCUGUGUUCUUUCUUUUUUCUUAGUUCUUUUUGCAGUGGUGAUCACUCCGUUUAAGUUUUAUAGUUUAUAUCUUGCAUGAUUUUAAAGUUGAGUUCGUAAAUUUGUUCAUAUAUAAAUUAUUAAAGAUCAGUGUAAUAUAUAUGAUGCAUUCUAAUGGUAUAAUCCAUGCAUCAGUGUAGUAAUAUCUUUUGAUCUUCUUAAUAA